GCUCAGGGAAUUCGUACAAGAAACCCUAAAUUCCCAAAUUCGAAAUUCUAUAUAACUUCCCAUCCAAACCACCAUCUCCGCCACUGUAUUCGUAAUCGUCGUCUGAUAUAGGCAGCAGGUUAAACGAUCAAUGGCGCGUACGAAGCAGACGGCGAGGAAAUCCACCGGCGGAAAAGCACCCAGGAAGCAGCUGGCGACCAAGGCGGCCAGGAAAUCCGCACCCGCCACGGGAGGCGUCAAGAAGCCUCAUCGAUUCAGGCCUGGAACUGUUGCGUUGAGAGAAAUCAGGAAGUACCAGAAGAGCACGGAGCUGCUGAUUCGGAAGUUGCCUUUCCAGAGGCUUGUACGGGAGAUCGCCCAGGAUUUUAAGACUGAUCUUCGCUUCCAGAGCUCCGCCGUUGCGGCUCUUCAGGAGGCGGCGGAGGCUUAUUUGGUCGGUUUGUUUGAGGAUACAAAUUUAUGCGCCAUUCAUGCCAAGAGGGUAACUAUCAUGCCCAAGGAUAUUCAGCUGGCUAGGAGAAUUAGGGGUGAGAGAGCUUAAAAUUGAUCUUAGGUUUUCUGUUUGUCUUGCUCUCUCGUUAAUAUAAAUUGCCAAAAUCACUGUAGUUCGGCUUGUAUUGGGAUGAUCGGGUUGUCCAUAUAUCAACCAUCUUAUGAAAUCAUUGUUUUGAUCAUUGGUUGCUAUGACGCCAUUAAUUGUCCAAAGAAGUUAUAAAAUCCUAUGCUGUAUUUGCGCUGGUAGUAAAAUCUGCUGUAGAACUAAUUUUC